AUGAAACAUUAUAUUUGUUUUCUUAUUUUUUCGUGUUUUUUAGCAGUUGAUGCAACUCUUUUCAAUGGAGGUAAUUAAGAAUUAAGAAAUAUUUAAUAAUUAAUUAUAAUUAAGCAUGUGGAUGUGCUCCUGUAACUCUUCCACCACUUUGUCUUCCACCACCUCCACCAAUAUGUUUCACAACAAUUCAAUUACCACCAAUUCAAAUUCCAACAAUUCAAUUGCCACGUAUUGAAUUACCACAACCUUGUUGUCCAACUUGUGCAUGUGGAGGAAGAAAGAAGAGAGGUGAGUACUGUAGUUUUUGAAAAUUAAAGAUUUUGUGAAUUUUUGAAAUAAAUACUGUCGUUCACCGAAGCUACAGUAAUCCUAAUAUAAGCUUGAAGAUUAUUGGAUUACUGUAGAGAAAUUUUGGUGAUGAAUGUUCUAAAAUUAUCAGGAUUACUGUAGUCUUUAUUUAGUAUUAACACUAUUACUUGUAUAAUUUUAAAAAGCAAAACUCUGGAAAUGUACGCUUCAAAAAGUUUUUACCAAUUUCUAUUCUAUUCAAAUAUUUCCAGACGCUUCUGAAAUCGACGAAAAAACAACUGCAAUCGAAAACUCUGCUUGCAACUCUGACGAACUUCUUUCAAUCAUGAAAACCGAAAUGAAAUCCAAAAAAUUCUUCGGAAAUCAAAAUCAAUUUGGUUGA